AAGUACCGCUACUUCGCCUGCCUCCUGAGAGAACGAUUUGAUAAGAACAAGGAUGUGAAGGAUAUGGUGAAAGCUACAGAGCUGCUGAGGGCAGGUGAGGAGGAGUUCUGGGCAAACCAGCAUCCUCAGCCAUACAUCUUCCCUGACUCCCCUGGGGGCACUUCCUAUGAGAGAUAUGAGUGCUACAAGCUUCCUGAAUGGUGCUUGGAUUACUGGCAUCCUUCUGAGAAGGCAAUGUAUCCUGAUUACUUUGCCAAACGAGAGCAAUGGAAGAAGCUGCAGCGGGAAAGCUGGGAUAAAGAGAUUAAGCAGUUAGAAGAAGAAACUCCAGCUGAUGGUCCAGUAACUGAAGCUUUGCCUCCAGCUCGUAAGGAAGGGCAUCUGCCACCACUGUGGUGGCACUAUGUUACAAGACCUCGUGAAAUUCCCAUGUAAAAGCAUUAUUUCACCUGAGAAUUGGAGCGGUCUGUCUUCUGUAGGCAGUCGACACGUCAGUGACUGCAUGCUACUCCAAGUAAUACAAAAUAAAGCCAAAUAAAGUAAAAGAGAA